AUGUUAGUUGACAGAGAGCAGGACAAUGUUAGACAAAGAGAAAACAUUUACGAUCAAGUUCCUUUUACCACUGCUGCCGAAGAAUUGCUUAGAGCAAUUAAGGAAAAUCUUGUAGAAGAACUUAUAGAAGCUGAUAAUCUUUUCCAUCUUAGGUCAGAAAUUAGUUCUCUGAGAGAUGAGCAAUUUUUUCAUAGUGAUGUAAAACGAGAAUUAGAAGCCAAGUUAAAAGUAGAAGUAAAUAAUAUAAUAAGAAACAUGAAAAUUAAUUCACUUUACGAACUAAUAAAAGAAAAAUCCAUAGAAAAAGAAGGUUUAACUUUUAAAGAUUUCUUUGAAAUCUAUAUAGAAAAAGCCAUCGUUAAAGAUUUGGAUAGUGGUAGUAUAGUUCAAAAAACUAAUAUAGAUGAAGAGUUAGACAAAGAAUUAGAGAACGAUAAUGAAAGAAUAUGGGAAAAAACCCGUGGCGGAAUAUCCCGAUUUGGAAAAUCUGAUCCACAAGCCAUUGCUGAACUCCAAGGAAGUUCAGAAAUUAAAUUUUAUGAGAACGGUAAACCGUAUUAUGAAUUCACUAAUUUUUACCAAGGAACUCCCAUAAAAAGGGCUAUCCCUACCUUAAAAUAUAGCGAAUCCGAUAAAAUAAACCUUGCUAAAGAAAUUUGGAAAAAGAAUACCGGCAGAGAUGCUCAAAAAUUCACCCGUGGCAAAACUGCCAGAAACCUUAGAAAAAUGCUUCUAGAUACUGGCGAGGCGAAAUUAAUAGAAGAUUCCGGUCAAUUGCCAUUAGAUGAGCAAAGAAAUUUAACAGGCAUGUUAGAAAAGGAUUCAGAAACUCGUAGAAAAUACAUAGAAAUAAGAACAGACACUAAUUUUUAUGAAAAAGUGCCUUACUUAUCUAUAAGCGAGGAGUUAGUUCAGAGUUUAAAAGAAGGUUUGAUUAGUGAAUUAAUUAUUGUGAGUGGGUUUAUUUCAAGGGGUAAAGAGGGGGAUCCACGAAAAACCAUUAGUUUUGCCAACACUUUCGGAAAAUUCCCAAACACGAUCUGA